CUUAGGUUUUUUAUCAGAAUGCCAGCAACGUCUUGGCAAUUUGCCCACUUUCAGCGUUCUCAUUGGUUAAAGAUAUGACACGUGAUGAUUGAUUGCACUAUUAGAAGAAAUUGCAGCAUCAUCCAGGAGUUUACAGAUUGAAGCUGAGUUGCUGAUAUGUGAAUAAGAUGAGUGGACCCAGAGAAAACUCAUUGGAUCUGGUAAAUUCUGAUUCAAGGAAACGAAAACUUUCAUCCUUUGAUGCUCAGGGAUCAAGUGUGAACUGUAGCAUUGAAAAGCGUCGUCGUGAGCAAGAGAGCAAAUACAUCGAGGAGCUGGCUGAACUAAUCUCUGCCAACCUAAGUGACAUUGACAACUUCAAUGUCAAACCCGAUAAAUGUGCAAUCUUGAAAGAAACUGUGAGGCAGAUUCGUCAGAUAAAGGAGCAAGGAAAAGCAUCUUCAAAUGAAGAUGAUGUGCAGAAAGCAGACGUGUCUUCAACUGGACAAGGAGUCAUUGACAAAGAUUCAUUGGGACCUCUCUUGCUGAAAGCCUUGGAUGGCUUUCUGUUUGUGGUCAAUCGAGAUGGAAACAUUGUUUUUGUGUCUGAAAAUGUUACACAGUACCUUCAGUACAAGCAGGAGGAGCUUAUGAACACUAGUGUGUAUAACAUCCUUCACCAAGAGGACCGCGAUGAAUUUCUUAGAAAUUUGCCAAAAUCUACAGUGAAUGGGGUUUCUUGGGCAAACGAAACACAGAGGCAGAAGAGCCAUACGUUCAACUGUCGUAUGUUAAUUAAGAUGCCAUAUGAUUCUUUAGAGGAAUCAAAUGGAAACCAUGAGGCUCGUCAGAAGUAUGAAACUAUGCAGUGCUUUGCCCUUUCUCAGCCAAAGGCUAUGACUGAAGAAGGUGAAGAUCUGCAGUCCUGUAUGAUUUGUGUAGCAAGACGGAUUACACCAGUGGAGAGAUCGCCAUUUCCCUCUAGUCCUGAAAGUUUUGUCACAAAGCAUGAUAUGACAGGCAAGAUUACCUCAAUAGAUCCAAGUUCCCUGCGUGCCUCAAAGAAACCGGGCUGGGAAGAUCUUGUGCGAAGAUGCAUUCAGAGGUUCUCUCACCAUAAUGAUGGACAGCCAUGGUCUCUGAAAAGACAUUACCAUGAAGCCUUUACGCAAGGUCAAGCUGAGAGUCCCCUUUAUCGUUUUUCCUUGUCGGAUGGUACAGUAGUCACUGCACAAACCAAGACCAAACUUAUACGCAGCUCAGCAUCUAAUGAGUCUGUUGGCUUUGGCUCUACACACUUGCUGCAAAGGGAACAGAAUGGUUGCAGACUGAAUCAAACCAACAUGGGGCAAGAAAUGAUGAAAACGCUUGCUACAGCAAGCACAAACCCUUCAAGCAAUAUGAGCAUGUCAUCAGGGGCAACAGGACAGGGAAUGCCGGUGCAAAAUAAUAUGAACUAUGGUGCAAAUAGCUUGAAUGACCCCAGUUCUAUGGGGCAAAUGGGACGGUUUGGUGCAGCAGGUGGGACAGCUGGUGCAAUGAACCAUGGGUCUGGUAUGCAGACACCUAACGUACAGGGAAACAGCUGUGCACUCACAAUGAAUAGUCCCCCACAUAGUAGCCCUGGGGUGAACACAAGCCAACAAAAUCUGAUGCUUUCACCAAGGCAUCGGGUGAGUCCACGAAUGGGACCCAACCAGUAUUCUUCAGCUGGUGGAAUGCAGUCACCAGUGGGGCAUAUAAACAGCACAGGCAGUAGCACCUUCUCUAGUAGUUCCCUUAAUGCACUUCAAGCCAUAAGUGAAGGAUUGGGAGUUUCACUCCUGUCAUCACUAUCAUCACCUGGUCAAAAGAUGGAAGCGUCCCCAAAUGUGAACUUGCUCCAGCAAUCAAAGAUGAGUAGCGUAGAUCUAAAAGAUUCGCCUGGCCUUUUUGGGGAACACAACCAAGUUGAGAGCACAGUGGGUCGACCAGAAAGCAGAGAUGCUCAUAGUGAACAGAAGAGUAUCAAGGAAGGAAAUCUAAACAUUUUUGGUAAUAACGAUAACAUGGAGGGCCAGAGAAAAUUCCACGAGAACAAAAAUCACACCAAACUGUUGCAAUUACUGACCUCCCCCGCGGAUGACAUGGGGCUAACAUCUUUAGCAAACCCUAAUUUGGAUUCUAGUGUUAAAGACUCCUCUUCAGGCAUUACAAGUCCAACGGGAGUCUCCUCAACUUCAGCUUCAGCUGGUGGCAGUGCUGCUACAGCCACAUUGCAUGGCUCUUCUUUACAAGAGAAACACAAAAUUUUACACAAGUUGCUGAAGAAUGGAAACUCCCCUGCAGAAGUAGCCAAGCUUACUGCAGAGGCUACAGGCAAAGAGUCUUGUCAGGAUUCGGGCAGUAUGACACCAGUUGGAGAUGCUGCGAUCAAGCAGGAACAGAUGAGCCCUAAGAAGAAAGAAAGUAAUGCACUACUACGAUACCUGUUAGACAAAGAUGACCCGAAAGAACUCACUUUAAAGGAUAUUAAGCCUAAAAUUGAAGGAAUGGACAAAAUGGAUCCUUGUAAUGCAGCCAAAGUUUCAGGCUCAAUGCAGGUGAAGGAUGAAGUGCGCAUCAAGACUGAACCAACUGACCAGAUCUAUCCUUACAGAAGGAAAUUAGGCCGGUUUCAGGCGAUUAAAGAAGACAGGCAUAUCCUAAACCCUGUGAUAGUGGCUCUUGAUUAUGUCUUACCGUGUUCACAUGGAGGUUUGAACAUUGCUCAACAAACUGCCAUCGCGACAGGAGAGUGGGGAUUGCCAAACUCUAGUGGAAACGCAGGGCCCAAUACUAUGAUCAGACCAGGCUCAGACUAUAGUUCAUCUAUCCAAAGAACUAUGGUGGGUAACUCCUCACUUGGAAUGCAGAUGCGGUCCAAUGGACAAACUAGUGCGAGAGCAUUGCUUCAGCAACAGAUGAUGGGAUUGAGACCUUCAGAAAUGGAUAUGGGUCUUGGAGGUCCACAGUUUGCACAACAGCAAGGUCCAACCAAUCCAGCUACAUCAUGGUCAGAGAGUGUUCUUCAGAUGGACCAAGGUUCUUCAGGCAACCAGAGCAGGCAGCCAUUUGGGAACUCCCUGGAUGAUCUUCUUUGCCCUCCCACUACUGCAGAGGCUCAGAAUGAUGAGAAAGCUCUACUGGAUCAAUUAGACACACUGCUGAGUAAUGCAGAUGAAAUAGGCCUGGAAGAAAUUGACAGGGCAUUAGGAAUUCCAGAUCUUAUCAGUCAGGCUCAACCUCUUGAGACACACUCUGAACUGUUUUCAGGCCAGGACUCAACCAUGAUGUUAGAACAAAAAGCUAUUUAUGGUCAAUCAUUUCCAUCACAGCCUGGCCCAGUGCAGGGAUGCUAUCCGCCCAUGCAGGGCCAGCAACCAGGCUUUAACCCCAUGAUGAAUCAAAUGGGUCAGCAAGGCAGCUUCCCUCUUCCCAACAUUCAUGCUAGAGCAAACUUUGCCCGGCAUCGCAUGAUGAAUGCUUCUGCUCCCAUGCAACUUAGAAUUCAACUUCAACAAAGAUUACAAGGACAACAGCAGCUUAUGAAUCCAAACCGUCAGUCCCUUGGAGUCAAACUAGAAAAUCCAAGUACAGUCAAUCCAGCUCUCCGACCAGGCAUACCACAACAAAUGCUAGCGCAGGGUUUUCUCAAUGCACAGAUGGUGGCCCAGCGGCAGCGAGAGUACCGGAGCCAACAACUUCGCCAAAAGCAGAUAAUGCACCGAGCCAUGCUUAUGCGACAGCAGCAACAACAGGGCUUCAGUCCUCCACCUAAUGUAACGGCUCCCACAGGCAUGGAAGGUUCUAUGGGAGUUCCUCAGAUAACCCCUGCAUCACCACAGCAAUUCACGUACCCUCCAAAUUAUGCGAUGAAUCAACAACCUGACCCAACUUUUGGCAGGGCUCCUAGCCCCCAUAAUGCACUCAUUUCAAGAAUGGGGCCUUCACAGAAUGCAAUGAUGCAGCACCCUCAGGCAGCUUCUGUCUACCAAGCAACCACUGACAUGAAGGGAUGGUCCACAGGAAGCAUGGGUGGAAAUAGGUAUGCUACAAUGAAGCCGUUAUUAAUUCAUACAUGUGAGCUCUGA